AUGUCUGCUGCGAUUCCUAUAGUGCCACUCCUCUCUCCUUCUUUGUCUACCCAUCACCCAUCACUCCCCACCCACCUCCCAUCGUCGCCACCCACCUGCCUGUCACUCGAAGAGACGGCUGACAUUCGGCUGCCCCCGCUGGUGGAGGGGCAGUGCUUCUAUAAUACAUACCGGGUGGUGCUGCUGGUCGACAGCCGGGAGAAGGGCCUUCCCUCUCCUCACCUCCGUGUCAUCUUCUCUCCCCUCUUCCACUCCCAUCUUCCCUCCUUUCUUCUCUCCUCUCUCCCUCUCUGCAUGCUCAUCUGGCCUACCGGGCAGUCCAGCUCACAGCAUUUUUCUCUCCUGUCACUUUCCAUCGGUCCCCUCCAGAGGGCAGCAUAG